AUGCUCCUGUCGGGAGGCGACCCUCCGGCGCAGGAAUGGUUCAUGGUGCAGACUAAAUCGAAGCCCCGGGUGCAGCGACAGCGACUGCAAGUGCAGCGCAUCUUCAGAGUCAAGCUGAACGCCUUCCAGAACCGCCCGAACACCCCCUACUUCUGGGUGCAGAUCGAGGGGCCACGGGAGAACAUGAGCAAAGCCAAGGAGUAUCUGAAGGGCCUGUGUAGCCCCGAGCUGUGGAAGGAGGUUCGCUACCCAUCGGUCCUGCACAGCGCCUUCCUUGGGGCCCAGGGCCUCUUCCUCGACUGCCUCUGCUGGAGCACUUUGGCCUACCUGGUGCCUGGCCCCCCAGGCUCCUUGAUGGUGGGCGGGCUGACUGAGUCUUUCAUCAUGACCCAGAACUGGCUGGAGGAGCUGGUGGGACGCCUGCGCUGGGGUCCUGCCCCUCUGCUGAGCCGCCGGGGGAUCUGGGAGGCUGAGGUGACCCGGGCCUUUGGGGCGCUGGUCUGGAUCCGUGGUGACCAGUAUGCAGGGGACCUGUUACAGCUGCCCCCUGCAGUCCAGGAGCUGCUGCUGAACUUGGUUCAGGAUGCUGCAGGCAAGGAGGACAUCAUCAAGUGGCUGGGCCACACUGGCAUCUCAGAUACCCUCUCCAACCCAGAGCUCCUGAUCCGCCCUCCCCACCAGCAGAGGGAAGGCCCAGCCCUGGUGUCUGUUGGGGAGGGUCCUGGGCCCUUGCUGGAGAUGGGGACCCUCCAGAAUGGGGGUCCAGAGGAUUUGAAGAGGUUAACCAGCUUGGGAGUCACUGGGCCCUUGGUCUCAGGCAUCCUUGGCCCUCAGGAGAUCCCAGCCCAGCCCAAACAGCAGGAGCCAGGAAACCAGCUAGUACGGGUCGGUUUCAACAACCAAAGUGGUAUGGACGAUGUGCGUGAGGAAGGGCCAGUGCAAGUUAUCAGCAACCAGGACUCUGCGAACCAUACACAAGCCUCAUCACAGCAAAGUCAGGUUCAGAAGGUGGAAGAUAAACUGUUUUUGCAGCCUCCUAAGUCAGCUCUGGGUGUGUGCCCGUCUUGGAAGGCCUGGAGUCCAGGGCCAGCCUUUGGGCCCUUGUGGCCAGGGGCUGUAGCUGGAACGUUUUGGAGGAUCAAUGAGCUGCAUUCUCUUCACCUGGCCUGGCUUCUGUCCCAGGCAUGCUUCAACUUUCCCUUCUGGCAGAGGCCUCUAGGCCCCAUGCACUUCAAGCUUCCAGGGCAGAACCAUUUGCCCUUAAACCUAGAAUGGAAGCCUAAGGAACUGUCUCCAUUGCCUAGUGUGGAAAGCCUAACUUGUAAACCAGAUGGGAAACUGGGAGGAAAGUUGGCCCUACAGAAUUGCCUAAAGCCAGAGAUCCCUCAAAAAACCAUGAGUUUAUUGGUGGACCUGGGGGGCUCAGGUGUAAAGGACAGAGUUAGCCCAGGACUGACACAGCCCUCUACAGCUCAACUACAAGCUGUAGGUGAACUGGAGGAUCAAAGAAAUAUACAAAUGGACUGCAAGGGGCCGAAAGAGGGGCUGUUCCCAGCAGGACCCAUAGGGCAAAGGAUGCUCUCAGCACAAGAGAGUCCCCUGGCUAGGCCAGCACAGUCAGUACCUGAUGCGGAAACAGUGCCGGAAACUCUACAAGUAUCCAUGGCUGCAGUGAUGCCUAUGGUACAGCAUGUUCCCACAACUCAAAUGCUGCCUGCUGUCCCCACACUGCCUCCAGCUCAGAAGAUGCAGGCAGUGCACACAGCACCAUCAGCUCACAAAGUGCCUUCAGCUGCAGCCAAGCCAGAAGCUCCGAAAGUAGCCAUGGGUCAUCCAGCACCUGCAGCUCAAAUGGUACCCACAGCCUUUCAAACAUCUACAGCUCAAAGGAUGCCCUCAGUGAAAGCACCACCUGCAGGUUCCAAAAUGUCCAAAGCUCAAAAUGUACCUGCAGCUAAAACAGGGCCUACAGCUUCCAAAGCACCUGCAGCCCCCCAAACCUUUGCAGUUUCUAAAACCUCUAGAACUUCCAAAAUGGCAGCAUCUCAGAAGUCAUCCCUGGAUUCAGGGCUAACCUUGAAUGUAGCCAAACUCCUAAGUGAGGUCCAGCCUUCAUCAAAGGGCAGUGUCACCUUCCUGAAGGGCCAGGGGGAGACCAGAAGGCAGGGUUGCCAGUCCAACAACACCCUGACCCCCAGCAGUCAGCGCCAGCCUCAGAUGGGGAGUCUCCUGGGGGCUUGGGAAGGAACCUCGAGGCAAUCACCUCGCCACCCGCAGGCGAACAGCACAGUGACCAGCUUCCAGAGAUACCAUGAGGCCCUGAAUACGCCCUUCGAGCUGAGUCUGUCUGGGGAACCCGGGGAUCAGGGCUUACGGCGAGUGGUCAUCGAUGGCAGCAGCGUGGCCAUGGUGCACGGCCUCCAGCACUUCUUCUCCUGCCGGGGCAUUGUCAUGGCAGUGCAGUACUUCUGGAACCGGGGACACCGAGAGGUCACAGUGUUUGUGCCCACCUGGCAGCUGAAGAAAAACAGAAGGGUGAGAGAGAGCCACUUUCUGACAAAGCUGCACUCCCUCAAGAUGCUUUCAAUCACCCCGUCACAGCUGGAGAAUGGCAAGAAGAUCACCACCUAUGACUAUAGAUUCAUGGUUAAGCUGGCAGAGGAGACAGAUGGCGUCAUUGUCACCAACGAGCAGAUCCACGUCCUGAUGAACAGUUCCAAGAAACUUAUGGUUAAAGAUCGCUUGCUACCCUUCACCUUUGCUGGGAAUCUCUUCAUGGUACCAGAUGACCCCCUGGGACGUGAUGGCCCCACCUUGGAUGAGUUUCUGAAGAAGCCAAACAGGUUGGAUACCGACAUUGGCAACUUCCUGAAGGUGUGGAAGACUCUUCCUUCCAGAUCCACCAGCAUCUCUGAGUUGAGUGAUGCUGCUGACCCUGAGCCUCUGGAGAGUCCACAGCAUAUGGAGGAAGUCAAGGUGGAGAAGGAGAGUCAGGAUGAGGAGCUGAGAGAAGAGCAGGAGAUUCAGAGUUUGGUUAAGGAAGAUGAUCUUGACUCUUCCCUGGCAUCAGUGUUUGGAGUUGAGUGUCCUUCUCUGUCAGAGGAGAUCCUUCGGUGCCUCAGCCUCCAUGACCCUCCUGACGGGGCCCUGGACAUUGAUCUCCUCCCUGGGGUGGCUUCUCCCCACCUGGGUAUCCCUUGGGAUGGGAAGGCUCCCUGCCAGCAGGUUCUAACCCACCUGGCCCAGCUGACAGUCCCCAGCAACUUCACUGCACUCUCUUUCUUUGUGGGGUUCAUGGACUCCCACCGGGAUUCCAUCCCUGGCUAUGAUGCCCUUGUGGGCCCCCUGCACAGCCUCCUUAAGCAGAAGCCAGACUGGCAGUGGAGCCAGGAGCAUGAGAAGACCUUCUUGUCCCUGAAGCGAGCCCUGGUGUCUGCCCUCUGCCUCACGGCUCCCAAUUCCCAAUUGCCCUUUCUCCUGGAGGUGAUGGUGAGCAGAGUGGCCUUGACAGCCACCCUCUGCCAGGAGCACUCAGGGAGAAGGCAUACCAUAGCCUAUACCUCGAAACCCCUCCUCCCUGAUGAGGAUAGUGAAGGCCCCCAAUCUGGGGGAGACAGCCCCUAUGCGGUGGCCUGGGCCCUCAAGCAUUUUUCCCGCUACAUUGGGGACCUCCCUGUGGUCCUGGACCUCGCCUAUGCCUCCCGGACUAUGGUGGACUCAGAGGCUAGGCAGGACCUUAGGAUUUCCAAAGCAUGGCUGAUCCGAUGGUCCCUUUUGGUACAGGACAAAGGCAAGAGGGCUCUGGAAUUGACCCUUCUUCAGGGUCUGUUGGGAGAAAACCGACUCCUGACGCCCACUGCCUCCAUACCACGGUUUUUCCAGGUUCUACCUCCUUUCUCUGACCUGUCCACGUUUGUCUGCAUCCACGUGUCAGGCUACUGCUUUUACCGUGAGGAUGAGUGGUGUGCUGGCUUUGGUCUCUAUGUCCUGUCUCCCACCAGCCCCCCUCUCUCCCUCUCCUUCUCCUGCUCCCCCUACACGCCAACCUAUGCUCACCUAGCUGCUGUGGUCUGCGGGCUUGAACGCUUUGGCCAGUCUGGCCUCCCUGUGGUUUUCCUCACUCACUGCAACUGGAUCUUCAGCCUUCUCUGGGAGCUCCUUCCCUUGUGGAAGGCUCGGGGCUUCCUCUCUUCAGAUGGAGCCCCACUACCUCACCCAGAUCUGCUCUCUUACCUUAUCUCCCUCACCUCUGGCCUCUCAUCGCUCCCAUUUAUCUACAGAACCUCAUACCGGGGGUCCUUGUUUGCAGUAACAGUGGACACGCUGGCCAAACAGGGUGCCCAGGGCGGUGGACAGUGGUGGAGUUUGCCAAAGGAUUUGCCAGUCCCUGUAGUGUCUCCCCGUACCAAGGGCAAGAAGCCUGACCUGCUGGCACUACAGCAGAAUGAUGGCAUCCUGGCAGAUAUCAUUGCCAAGCUGCAGGCUGGCCAGAAGUUGUCCAGCUCAUCUCCCUUCACUUCCGCCUUUAACUCCCUCAGCCUUGAUAAGGAGAGUGGACUCCUUAUGUUCAAGGGAGAUAAGAGACCCAGAGUCUGGGUCGUCCCAAGGCAACUCCGAAGGGAUCUGAUUUUCUCUGUGCAUGACCUCCCCGUGGGGGCCCACCAGAGGCCGGAGGAGACCUUUAAGAAGCUGCGGUUGCUAGGGUGGUGGCCUGGGAUGCAGGAGCAUGUGAGGGAGUACUGUCGGAGCUGUUUGUUCUGCACCCCCAGGAAUCUCCUAGGCAGUGAGGUGAAGCCUAUUGAGUCUCUGUGGCCCAUCAAGUCGACUGCUCCCUGGUCAAACCUGCAGAUUGAGGUGGUGGGUCCGGUCACCAUCAGUGAGGAGGGCCACAAGCAUGUGCUUAUUGUGGCCGACCCUAACACCAGGUGGGUGGAGGCAUUCCCGCUGAAGCCUUACACUCACACAGCUGUGGCUCAGGUGCUGCUGCAGCAUGUGUUUGCCAGGUGGGGUGUUCCCAUGCGGCUGGAGGCCACCCAGGGUUCUCAGUUUGCCCGGCAUGUCCUCAUGAGCUGUGGGCUAGCCCUGGGGGCCCAGGCAGCCUCCCUGAGUAGGGACCUCCAGUUCCCUUGCCUGAUAAGCUCUGGGGCCUACUGGGAAUUCAAGAGGGCCCUCAAGGAGUUCAUCUUCCUGCAUGGGAAGAAGUGGGCAGCUUCCCUGCCACUGCUGCACCUAGCCUUUAGGGCCUCCUCUGGGGAGGCCACACCUUUCCAGAUUCUGACGGGAGGUGAGGUGAAGCUGUCCGAGCCCUUGUGGUGGGAGAUGAGCAGUGCCAAUAUCGAAGGCCUCAAGAUGGACAUCUUCCUGCUCCGGCUGAUUGGAGAGUUGCUGGAGCUUCACUGGAGGGUGGCCGAAAAGUCGUCCGAGAAAGCGGAAAACAGGCGUUUUAAGCAGGAGAACCAGGAGAAGGAGUGGAAUGUGGGUGACCAGGUCCUUUUGCUGUCCCUCCCAAGGAAUGGCAGCAGUGCCAAAUGGGUAGGCCCCUUCUGUAUUGGGGACCGGCUGAGCCUGUCUCUCUACAGGGUGUGGGGCUUCCCAACCCCAGAGAAGCUGGGCUGCAUCUAUCCCAGCAGUCUGAUGAAGACCUUUACCAAGAGUGGCACUCCUCUGUCCUUAAAGGAAUUGGAGCAGUGA